GGCACGAGUCGAUUAUUCUUCGUGACUCCCUCCAUUGCGAUAAAAAGUUAACAUCCUCCAAGUCCAGCUUCGCGAGAACGAAUCACCGCCACUAUAAUUACACGUACCUCGUCCCACGACCUUCGAUAGCACCUAGCAACUGUAUAGGCCUCGACCACGAAUGGCCGCAUAACAACGCGGCCUCGAUCCGGGCGCUUCCCCCCCAAAGACUACCGUUCGGUUUCUAAUGCGCACGCAUCGAUUGAACGAGGCCAACACACCAUAUAUUUAGUUCAAGAUGGCAGUCGAAUCCGGUGCCGGCCCCUUGAAGGAGCAGCUGGUAGACCAGCUACCGAAGCGCUUCAGGGGGCUGAAGUUUGGUAUACAGUCAAAUCAAGACAUUGUAAACCAGGCCGUGUUGGAGGUUUCGGAUCGCAUGCUGUACGAUAUCGAGCACAACAGAGCCCCAUUCCGACAUGGUCCUCUAGACCCCCGAUUGGGUACUUCGAGUAAAAUUGGCAAAUGUAGCACCUGUUUGCAACCACUACAGACCUGUACCGGCCACUUCGGUCACGUCCGCCUACCUCUCCCGGCUUUCCACAUCGGGUACUUGCGAUAUGUGGCUGUCACUCUGCAGAACAUCUGCAAGGACUGCGGGAGGGUCUUGCUGCUUGAGGCUGAACGAAGGCAAUACUUAAAGGAGCUGAGGCGACCCGGAAUAGACAAUCUACGGCGGACACAGAUUGUGAAGAAGAUCAACGAACAAUGCAAAAAGGUCAGGGCAUGUCCGUACUGUGCGUCGGUCAACGGAACCAUUCGGAAGCAAGGUGUCCUCAAGCUUGUCCAUGACAAGUUCUCGGCAUUUAACAGGUCAACAGCCCUGAAGAAGUCCGCGCCAGACAGCAAGGUCAAGUUUGACGCGUCGUUCGCCGAGGCAAAGAAAUACAACCCAGAGGUCGAGAAGCAUGUUCGGAAGGCAAUGGAGGAUCUCAACCCCUUGAGAGUCCUCAAUCUUUUCAAGAAAAUCAGCCCCACGGACUGUGAGCUGCUGGGGCUAGAUCCCUCGGAGGGCAGACCCGAGAUGUUUAUAUGGCAGUAUUUGCCCGCUCCGCCGAUCUGUAUUCGUCCUUCGGUCGCGCAGGACAGCUCUAGCACGGAAGACGAUCUCACCACGAAACUGGCUGACAUCGUCUACAUCAGCGGGCUUAUCCGUGCGGCCCUGCAAAAAGGAGUUGCUAUCGGGACUAUCAUGGAGCAGUGGGAGUACCUCCAGCUGCAGAUCGCCAUGUACGUCAACAGCGAAGUGCCGGGCUUGUCUCAACCCGGGUUUGGCAAGACGGUGCGUGGCUUUUGCCAGCGUCUAAAGGGAAAGCAAGGCAGGUUCCGAGGCAACCUGUCCGGCAAGCGUGUGGACUUCUCAGGCCGGACUGUCAUCUCGCCCGACCCGAACCUCGGAGUUGACGAAGUUGCGGUGCCCCAACUGGUGGCCAAGAACCUGACCUACCCUGAGCGAGCACAGCGCCAGAACAUGGACAAGCUGCGGAAGUGCAUCCUCAACGGCCCUGAUGUGUGGCCUGGUGCGCAACAAAUCAUCAAGGAUACAGACGGCGGUUAUAAGAUUAACCUGAAGUUUGGAAACCGCGAGCAAGCUGCCAACGACCUCAAAUUCGGCGACGUUGUAGAACGCCAUCUCGAGGACGGAGAUAUUGUGCUCUUCAACCGUCAGCCAUCCCUGCAUAAGCUCAGUAUCAUGAGCCAUCUUGUCAAAGUUCGGCCAUGGAGGACCUUCCGGCUCAACGAGUGCGUGUGCGGGCCGUACAACGCCGAUUUUGACGGAGACGAGAUGAACCUGCACGUCCCGCAGACGGAAGAGGCGCGUGCGGAAGCCAUCAACCUGAUGGGAAUCAAGCACAACCUGGCCACCCCGAAGAACGGAGAGCCCAUCAUCGCCGCCACCCAAGACUUCAUCACCGCCGCCUACUUACUCAGCAGCAAGGACAGGUUCUUCGAUCGCAAGACCUUUUCAUACCUCUGCAUGCACAUGCUCGGCGGCGAAGCCCACCUGGAUCUUCCCCCGCCAGCGAUCCUCAAGCCUCACGCGCUCUGGACUGGAAAGCAGGUCUUUAGCGUCCUCAUGCGCCCCAACAAGCAGUCGCCGGUGCUGGUGAACCUCGAUGCAAAAUGCAGAGAGUACAAGGCCAGGCCGGGACAGUGCCCCGACAUGGAUCCGAAUGAUGGAUGGCUCGUCAUUCGCAACUCGGAGGUCAUGUGUGGCCGGAUGGACAAAUCAACGGUAGGAUCGGGCAAGAAGGACUCGGUCUUCUACGUCAUCCUCCGAGAUUUCGGCCCCGACUAUGCCGUGGGUGCCAUGAAUCGCCUUGCCAGACUCUGCGCCCGACAACUGACUCUGCGCGGGUUCUCCAUCGGCGUCGGGGAUGUCUUCCCCACGCAGGCGCUGAAUGAGAAGAAGUACAAUCUUGUCACAGUGGCCUACAAGCAGUGCGACGAGCUCAUCGAGACCUUCAAGGCAGGGAAGCUGGAGAAGGCGGCCGGCUGCAACAUGGAGCAGACCUUGGAAAACGCGAUAUCCGGCAUUCUCAGCAAGGUCCGGCAGCAAGCCGGAACCUACUGUGUUGAUACCCUGAGCAAGAACAACGCGCCGCUCAUCAUGGCCAAGUCCGGUUCCAAGGGUUCCGACAUCAACGUAGCCCAGAUGGUUGCUUGUGUCGGUCAACAGAUUAUUGGUGGCCAGCGUGUCCCGGAUGGUUUCCAGGACCGAAGUUUGCCUCACUUCCACAAGAACGCCCGCCAGCCCCCUUCGAAGGGAUUCGUCCGUAAUAGUUUCUACACGGGCCUGGUGCCGACCGAGUUCCUCUUCCACGCCAUCUCGGGUAGAGAAGGUCUCGUCGAUACUGCCGUCAAGACGGCCGAAACGGGUUAUAUGUCGCGACGUCUCAUGAAAUCACUCGAAGACCUUUCGACGCAAUAUGACGAUACAGUUCGCACCUCGGGGGGCGGCAUUGUGCAGUUCCAGUUCGGUGCGGACAAGCUGGACCCAGUCGACAUGGAAGGGACAGCCGUCCCUGUGCACUUCGACCGAACCUGGACGCAUGCGGAGAACCUCACUUGGAACCACGCAGACCGAGGGUUGUUGCCUCGGGAGAUCAUGGAUCUGUGUAGUGACAUGCUCGACAAGGAGAGAUGCCGAUUCGUGAGGAGGAAGCUAGGCACUAACGAGGAACUCGAAUACUAUGACCAGAGCGACAUGUCGAUCGACGAGCACGAGAGUGCGAGAAACUUCCUCGAGACCAUCCAGAACUAUGUAGCCGCUCGAGCCGCGAAGCUUUCCAAUGCACGGAAGACGGCUGGCCUACCGGCCUUCGACUCGAAGGAGGACAUGAAGAUGGAAGUUGACAGUAGCGCCUUUGACAAGGUCCAGGAGGACCACGUGGACCGAGUGGCCAAGGUUUCCGUCCCAACGCUCACACGAUUCAUUCAGAUGUGCCUCUCGAAAUACAAGAAGGCCCACGUCGAACCCGGGCACGCUGUCGGUGCGGUUGGUGCUCAUUCCAUUGGCGAGCCAGGGACACAGAUGACACUUAAGACGUUCCAUUUCGCCGGUGUCGCCGGCAUGAGUAUCACGCAGGGUGUGCCGCGUAUCAAGGAGAUUAUCAAUGCUUCCAAGAACAUCAGCACACCCGUCAUCAGCUGUCCUCUCGAGAACAACAAGCAGAUAGAAGCUGCCAGGGUUGUGAAGGGCAGGAUCGAGAAGACGUACAUCUCCGAUGUCUUGCAGUUCAUCGAGGACGAGUGGCACGCGAACGCCGCCAACAUCGUCCUCCAGGUCGACAUGAGCGCCCUCUCGGACAUGCACCUCGGAGUCACGAUGCAGGAUAUCGCCGAUGCCAUCAUGGCGGCGAAGAAGCUGAAGUUGAAGGUCGAGAGCACCGACCUCAGAGUCGGACACCACCGGAUCGAGGUAGUCGUGAGGAACGACUGGCACGACGCCACGAUGGCGAAGAAGGCCGCCAGGGUGCGCGCCGCCGCCGCGGAGAGGGGCCACACUAUCACCGGCGGCAUGGACGAGGCCGCGGACCUGCUCCUACGCGUCAACUACCUGAAGCGCAUGCUGCCCACGGUGCCCAUCUCGGGCUACCAGGACGCGACGCGGGCCAUCAUCCAGACCAGCGAGCAGGGGGAGCACAUGGUGGUGGUGGAGGGCUACGGGCUGCGGGCUUGCAUGACGACGGAGGGGGUGAUCGGCACCAAGUGUCGGUCCAACUCGAUCAUGGAGUGCCGCGACGUGCUGGGCAUCGAGGCGGCGCGCACGACCAUCGCGCACGAGAUCUCCGAGGUGAUGGGCGACAUGGGCAUCGACCCGCGGCACAUGCAGCUGCUGGCCGACGUGAUGACGUACAAGGGCGAGAUCCUGGGCAUCACGCGGUUCGGCCUGUCCAAGAUGCGCGACAGCGUGCUGCAGCUGGCCAGCUUCGAGAAGACGGCCGACCACCUGUUCGACGCGGCCGCCGGCAUGAAGACGGACCUCAUCGAGGGCGUCAGCGAGUGCAUCAUCAUGGGGCAGACCAUGAGCAUCGGCACGGGCGCCUUCCAGGUCGUGCGCCGCCUCGGCAUCACGCCCUCGCAGAUGAAGGCCAAGCCGACGGCGUUCGAGGACGGGUGGAAGAAGGCCGAGGAGGGGAGGAGGAAGAGGAAGGCCGAGGACCUCAGGGCGAGGCUCAACGGCGUCAAUGGCGGCGCUGGGUUUCAUUCGCACCAGAUGGUUGCCGCGGCAUGCUGAAGAAAGUUCCGUGGCUGAAGGUCGUUCGACGGGGUUUCUUGUCACGGUUUCGCAAACCAACUUGCCCUUCCACCAUGUUAUUUCGUGUCUUGGCUUGCUGGUUGACCUGUCGUCCCUGUAUCCCGUCUGCUAUCCCAGAUACACGUUGUACUCUCCCAGUUACGGUGCGUCGGGCGUCUGGAUGAUACCAAAAGGUAGCUGUAAAAUAAUCAUGUCACUAUUUUCCCUGCACGAGUUAGGUUGUGUAUGAAAAGUGAUAAUAUUUUGACCCCUGAACGCGUCCUGUUUGUUUUCAGCCGCCGUGCCGCGUCUUGAGGUAACUCCAAGCACAUGGCAGGACCAAGCUGGUACCAGAGCGCGUGUCUUCCUCCGCCCGUUUCUAUGUCGACCUCGGUG